AUUAUCUUCUGCCUAUCCAACACUCGCUACUCGAAAAUCGCUCUAUCUCAUUCUCCGACCCUUUCUUCACCCGUCCGAUACCCGAGCCGACAAAUCGCGCUCGUUUUGCUGCCGAAACCAUCUUCCGAGCCCAGGUGCCGGGCCCCGACGACCGACCACUCGACCGCGUCCCAACAGACGGCCACCGUACAAUCGACACUUGUAAAUCAUGGCCGACUCUCGCGACAAUGCCCGCAGGUCGACAGCCGACGUUUUCGACGACGAAUUUGCCGUAGACGACUUUGACGGCGUGGCCGACGGUUUCGCUCCUGGCCGUGUCCAGACGGGCGACAGCCGCUGGUCAAUCCAUUCCGAGGAUCCUUCUAUUCGCAGCGUUCACGCCCACAUGUCAGAUGCCCCUCGUUUCUCCACUGGUCCCAGCAGGAAUAGCAUGCAUAAACCGCGGGAUACCCAGAAUCCCUUCAGUAGCGCCGAGGACGAAGAUGACGACAGCCACGACGAGCGUUCGGCACUUCAGCGCUCUCAUAGCAUACAAUCCACCUCGACCGCCCAGUAUGCCCCUGGCAUUGCUCACAGGCUCAGCACCGCCUCAUCAGCGAGGACCUUCGCCCGUACCGCAAGCCCUCUGCACGGUACAAGCGGUCCUAGCCACCCUUAUUCGAUGUACCCUCAGGAUACCAAUCUAGCCCGUACGCCAUCUAUCUCGACGACUACAUCUACUAUCCGUGCUGCUCAAACUAGCAAUGUAUCACACCAACGACCCACUCAUCCUUACAGCAUGUAUCCCCAAAACGUUUCUGCACAUGAUGAGGAAGCCGAUACUUCCGUGGCUCCGCCGAGCCAUGCCCAGACAGUGAUCCCUGUUGGCUUUCCAGGAAGAAACCAAGCCUUUGUACGAACGCGAGGACCAGAAGACGAAGAACAGGACAUCAUCGGCGUUGAUGGCCAUUCUGAACAACUUCCCCCGUAUUCUGAAUAUCCCGAGGACGGUGUCCCGAAACCGAUUGUCGCCCCAGCACAAGCUGCUACACCUCCUAGUACCACUCAGAUCCAUCUGCCUUUGAUGCAACAACAACGCCAACCUCAAAGCAUGUCGGAUCAGGCCGAUGCGCAUGGCUUUGCCGAAAUGCAGCAGCUAAACUCGAUCGACUCAAACGACACUCCUUCAGAGGCCAAGAGUUGGAGCGAAAAAUCGUGGAAAGAGAAACGCAAGACUCGUUUCUGUGGCAUUCCCUUCUGGUGGAUAUUGCUGUCCCUCUGCGUGCUGGCAUUCAUUGCCAUUGUUCUCGGUGCUGCAAUUGGUGGUAUCUUUGCCAGUGCUCGUAAAGAAGCCGAAAAGGCCAACAAUCACCGUGGUCCUACGACUACUCUAUUGGAUGCAUCGCCCAUCCCAACCUCUUCCAUUGGAGCACCACCACCAACUGGUGUCUAUGCUCUGGACUUCGGCCCUCCAAGAGCUACUCAGUCGGCUUGUAUCACCAACCAAAACUACUCUGCCGCUUGGGCUUGCAACAUAUAUGGUACGCCGCAGAUGGCCAUCAACAUCGGCUCCCCUCCAGAUGGAAGUGACAGUGAGGGCGCCUGUCUAUAUGGUUUCAACAAUGCUACGGGCAUCAACUACGGCACACAACCUCCCAACACUCAUUUCGCUCCUUUCAUUUCAGUAGAAGACGACGACGAGCCCUACCGAGGACCUGCUUUCUAUUUCCAAACAUACUACGACAAGUUCGUCGUCGUUCCGGAGAGCUCUCUUCCUGCCAGUAACGCCGCCAGCCAGCAGAAGCGCUCCUACGUCAACUCCAAUUGGUUCACUCAGCACCAAGUUCAGGCUGGAGAUAAGCCAUGGUUCUGCUGGUUCAACCAAACCUUCCUCGAAGGCUUUGUCUACGCCAACAACUACACGCUGCCGAGUGACUCAGCUUCUUCAUCCUCAAUGGCGUCGUCGUCAUACUCCAAAUCACCAAAAACAUCGUCGGCUCCGUUGACCACUUCUACUAUAAUUGAAGUCUCUGGUCCUUCGACGACAGCCACCCUGACUUCUGCCUCUCAAUCUACAGCUUAUGCCCAUCCAGUUUCCAACCUUUACACGCACACGUCGAAUGGAAGACGAGCAAAGCGCAGUUGGCAGCUGGAGAAGCGUGGUUGGACGUUCGCUGAGUUAUCUUCUUUCGGAUAUGUCGUCAAGAUUGAAGAACGUCGUGCCCCGAAUAGCCCAGAGCCAUACUGCCAGCAGUUCCAAAUAUUGGAUAAUGGCAUGGCGGGCGCUCUGCAGGACCCAAGCACUGGCCAGCAGAUAACCAUCACCCUUGAAGAAACGGAUCCCGACCUCAGUGCUUACACACCAGAGACGACGGACGGAUCUCCAUCGGGAUCUUCGAAGGUCAAGCGCGAUCCUAUCAAUGGCGCGUGCCAUUGUGAAUGGUGGAGUGGAUCUUCAUCGAGCUAUGGAUCUUCAUCGGACUAUUAAUCUUCUUUGUUACAUUCUUCGUGUUUAUGAUUUUCUUCCCUUUUCUGGUAACCAGGGAGAUAUCUUGUUUCCUUUGUUCUAUUCUGUUCUUUUCGCAAGGCGAGCCUAGACAGUGCAACGGCGUUAAUUAUUGUGACGAGGGUCAGAUUGCGGAUUGGUUUAGGGAGCGAUUUUGAUUUUGUCUUGUUCGGGAAAGUAAAUGGAAGUGUUGGUGUUUUCGCUCAGGGAGGCGUGGUGUUGGUUUGGAGCGGUGUCUUGUCUUUUAUACAGCAAAGUAGCCUGAUAGUUUCUUCGUUUGAGUUAGGUUAUUCAUGAGAACAUGCAAUUUACAUGAGCAACAC